AUGGGCGCGGCGGCGUGGUGGCGGCGCGCCCCGGGGCAGCGGUUCAACCCAGCCGGCGUGGCCGCCGUGGCGGUCGUCGCGGCGUCCAAGCCGCCCCUGGCGCUGCCGCACGUGUCGGUGCAAGACAUCAGGUGGCUCGACUGGGCUGAGCUCCGCCGCGCCGGGUUCCGCGGCGUCGUUUUCGACAAGGACAACACGCUAACGGCCCCCUACGCGCCCGCGCUCUGGCCGCCGCUCGCUGCAGCGUUCAACCAGUGCGCUCGCCAUCUACAGCAACUCCGCAGGUCUGCCUGGUUUGACUACUCCUACCAAUCGAAUUGUGGUGAUUUUUUUUUUGCCAGGUUCUGGGUGUUAAUCGAAUUGAUUUGUCUGUGGGUGUGGAAGGGUUGA